GCCGCGUUUUUUUCUCACACAUGUGAGGAUGCCUAAUCUCGUGUGUUUUGGACUUUUUAUCAUCGUAACUUCCAUCCACGCUCGCCUACACACUAACCAGUGGCAUGUUCAGCUGGAAGCGGUUGAGGGUCAGGAAGAUCCAGAAGCGUUAGCCAAAUCCGUUGCAGAAUCACUUGGCUUUCAUAAGCUACCGAGACCUGCCUUUCUCGGUUCCCAUGAAUUUCUAUUCACCCAUCAUGGCGUACCACAUAUUCAGAGAGCACAGAGCAAAGCCCAAACGCACCUGCUCAAUUCGCAUCCGGCCAUCAAAUCAGCCACACAAUUGGAAGGGUUCAUGCGUCGUAAACGCGGCUACAGACCAUUAACUGAGGAUAACUUGUCACGUGCAAAGCUACCGGAACCAAGAAGGUUGACCGAAAAAGAGGACGAGAUUGCCAAACGUCUGACUGAAACAGAUCCUCUGUUUUCCAGUGAAUGGUUUCUUCACAACAUUGGUCAAGCCAACGGAAUUCCUGGAUUAGACUUGAAUGUUUUGUCCGCAUGGGCCCAAAAUGUGACUGGCCGAGGUAUCACCACGGCCAUAAUGGACGAUGGAAUAGACUACCUUCAUCCGGACAUUGCACCAAACUAUUCGGCUGAGGCGAGUUACGAUUUCUCUAGCAACGAUGCCUUCCCCUAUCCACGUUAUACCGAUGACUGGUUCAAUAGUCACGGAACCCGUUGUGCUGGAGAGAUUUCUGCGGUAGCCGGCAAUAACAUCUGUGGUGUUGGUGUAGCCCCGAAUUCCAAGGUUGCUGGCUUGCGGAUGUUAGAUCAACCGUACAUGACCGAUAUGCUUGAGGCCGCGGCCAUGUCCCAUGCUACAGAUCUUGUUCACAUCUAUUCGGCUAGUUGGGGACCAACGGAUGAUGGGACCACCGUGGACGGACCGAGGAAUCAGACAAUGCGAGCAAUUGUGGAGGGGGUGAACAAUGGUCGUGGGGGCAAGGGUAGCAUCUACGUUUGGGCCUCAGGCGACGGUGGGGCGGACGAUGACUGCAACUGUGAUGGUUAUGCGGCGUCCAUGUGGACCAUCAGCAUCAAUUCUGUGACCAACGAUGGCGGUACGGCCGUGUACGAUGAGUCCUGUGCGUCCACGUUAGCAUCAAGCUUCUCCAAUGGGAAGCGGUCCUUGCACCGUGACGUGGGUGUGGCUACCACGGACUUGUACGGUAAAUGUACACUGUAUCAUUCGGGCACAUCCGCUGCAGCUCCUGAGGCGGCCGGAGUAUUUGCAUUGGCAUUGGAAGCCCAGCCAGAGCUAACUUGGAGAGAUAUGCAACACCUGACAGUGUUGACAUCCAAGAGGAAUCGUCUGUAUGAUCCUCACAAUCUACACAACUGGACUAUCAACGGGGCCGGAUUGGAGUUCAACCACUUGUUCGGCUUCGGUGUCCUCGAUGCAGGCGCUAUGGUUCGGUUAGCAAAACAGUGGAAAACCGUUCCAGAGCGAUUUCACUGCAUGGCUGGCAGUUUCCAGGGAAGGAAAAGCUUGAAUGUUCUCGAACCUAUUCAACUGGAAAUUACCACAGAUGCGUGCAAAGAGGAUCCGGAGAACCAAGUCAACUACGUGGAACAUGUUCAGGCAUUUCUGACCAUAAAAGCAACUCGACGCGGAGAUCUGACCAUCUUUAUCACAUCGCCCAUGAACACCACUUCGAUGCUACUACGUCGUCGUCCAAAAGACGCGGACAGUUUGCGAGGUUUCACCAAAUGGCCGUUCAUGACUACACAUACGUGGGGAGAGAACCCCCGGGGAACAUGGCGCUUGGAUGUCAUACUGGAUCCCCGCACCAACGACCUACUUGGUCACGCAACUUUGACCGAGUGGAUUCUCGUGAUUCACGGAACACGUGACCCACCAUACAGUGGUAUUCCAGAAGGCACGGAAUCGAUCGCACCCAAACUUGGGAUAGUCAAAAGGCAACACGCCACGGAUCUGUUCACACAGUGAGCUUCGUUCUAGCCUCAGUACGCCGAGAGUGUUUGGUCAUAAUCUGUGUCCUGUCUCGUCCCGUUCUCCAAUGUUCAGGAAAUUUUUAACUCGAUCCAAGAUCACGUCACUGUUCUCUGUCUGUUUUACACUAUCUUUGGUCGUCCCAACCCGCCGGCGCACCAUACAGUAACGUGUUGUCCUUGUACAUGGUUCUUGCGUCUUUCUGUGGAUCUAUUUGCGUGCGCACCCCUUAUUGUAACCAAAGUCAUCUAGAAUUCAACAUUCCGAACGAGUCUGAUCGCAUCCAGAGUCACCAGUGCGUUCAUCUGUGAUUUCAUCCGAUUACUUUCAUAUUUUAAAAAAUCAAAUUGUC